AUGUCACAAGAAAAGAACAUAGAUUCAAAGGCCCAGAAUGGAGAAAAGGGAUCAGCAGAACUAAAAAAGGGAAAAAAGAGAAAGAGAGCUCAACCAGCUAAGGAUGGCUGGAAGGUUGAUACGGAAAUAUCAACUGGACAGCCUGAGAAGUCUUCCAAACCGGACAAGCCAUCUACACAGCCAUCAGAGCCCACACCUAAGCGUGAGCAACAUUCCAAGGCCAGGAACAAGCAACCACAGCGGUUGCGAAACUCUCAAAAAAUCCAGGACAUACCCCCUUAUCUUCUCCAAAAACGCGACGAGCUGCGAUCAGUCAGAAAAUCGCUUCCCAUAUGGCCCCAGGCAGACUCCAUCCGAGCAGCACUACAAAAGAACAACAUCCUUGUCUUAACCGGAGAAACGGGUUCCGGAAAAUCGACACAGUUGCCACAGUUUUUGACCAACGAAUCAUGGUGUACGGGAUGCAUAGCAAUCACACAGCCUCGAAGAGUGGCAGCAAUUUCUCUGGCCCGCCGUGUUGCAGAAGAAAUGGGCAGCUUACUUGGUGACAAGGGCCCAGCAGCCAAGGUCGGCUACAGUGUCCGUUUUGACAACGCCGUUGGGAAGCAUACAAAAGUCAAGUUUUUGACUGAAGGUAUGCUGCUUCAGGAGAUGCUCAGGGAUCCCAACAUGCCGCAGUAUAGUGCGAUAGUAGUGGAUGAGGUGCACGAGAGGAGCGUGAAUGUGGAUCUGAUUCUCGGAUUUUUGAGGAAUCUAGUUGCUGACGAGGAGAAUAACAAGAAAAGGAAGCAUCCGCUAAAGGUGGUAGUAAUGAGUGCUACAGCAGAUGUGGAGAGUCUUGUGAAAUUCUUUGGGGAUGAUUCGCCUGCAGCAACAUCGGACACGACUGUCGACAAAGCAAAAACGGCAAACACUAGCAAAGUUUCGACGUGUUAUGUAGAAGGACGACAAUAUCCAGUCAAGACGAUAUAUCUGCCACAGCCUACACAGGAUUGGAUCGAAUCUGCCCUGAAACUGGUAUUUCAGAUUCAUUAUAAGGAGCCUCUACCCGGCGAUAUACUAGUUUUCCUAACGGGUCAAGACACUAUUGAGUCCCUUGAGAAGCUCAUCAACGAUUACGCUGAAGGCAUGGAUGACGAAGUUCCUAAGUUACUCGCUCUCCCACUCUUCGCAGCCCUUCCUCAGCACGCUCAACAACGCAUCUUCCAACCAGCUCCUUACCGCACCCGACGCGUCAUCCUCGCAACCAACAUUGCAGAAACAUCCGUCACUGUCCCCGGCAUCCGCUUCGUAAUCGACUGCGGCAAGUCUAAAAUCAAACAAUUCCGGAAUCGCCUAGGCCUCGAGUCGCUCCUCGUAAAACCAAUCUCCAAAUCCGCAGCCAUCCAACGUAAGGGUCGAGCCGGCCGUGAAGCACCCGGCCAAUGCUACCGCCUCUACACCGAAGACGCCUACAAGAGCAUGGAAGACCGCACCAUCCCCGAGAUCCUCCGCUGUGAUCUCAGCCAAGCCAUCCUAACCAUGAAAGCCCGCGGCGUCACCGACGUCCUCAGUUUCCCCUUCCUCGACCGACCCCCCCGCGAAGCCCUAGAAAAAGCCUUGCUCCAACUCCUCCACCUGCAAGCCCUUACCGAAACCGGCGACAUCAGCCCCAACGGCCUCGUCAUUGCGAAGUUCCCUCUAACACCCACACUGGGUCGCGUGCUAGUCGAAGCCGCAAAACCCGAGCGCGACUGCAUCUCCGCAGCCAUCGACAUCAUCUCCGCCUUAAGCGUCGAAACCGUGUUCCUGAACCUCGUUACCGAAGAGCGCAAAGAAGAAGCUGAGGAAGUACGUCGGGAGCUGUAUCGUCGCGAGGGCGACCACUUGACGCUUCUCGUAACCGUGCAGCGCUUUGCAGCGGAAGACAAAGUGCAGAGAAAAACGUGGUGCGAGAGACAUUUUGUGUCGUAUCGCGCUAUGGAGAAUGUAAUGAAGAUACGCACGCAGCUGAGGGAGCUAUGUAAGCAGCUUAAGUUGCUGUCGAAUGACGGGGUGGAAGCUGAUGAUGCGGCGCCGUCGGAGGCGAAGAGUCGGGCGAUACUUGAGUGUAUGUUACGUGGGUUUAUUGCGAAUACGGCGCGCUUAAUGCCGGAUGGGAGUUACAAGACUUUGCUGGGGAAUCAGACUGUGGCUAUUCAUCCUAGUUCAGUGUUGUUUGGCAAGAAAGUGGAGGCUAUUGUGUUUAAUGAGUUUAUGUUUACGGGGAGGGCGUGGGCAAGGGGGGUGAGCGCUGUGCAGUUGGAUUGGGUUGCGGAGGUUAUUGAUGGGAUUAUGUAG